UGCGUAUGUAAAUAAUCAGAACCUAAACAACAGUGGAACCCUAAACAACAUCUGCACAAAUCUUUAAAGCUCGUGUAGCCUAUAUUAUAUUUGUCUCCAUUAUCGUGCAAUACUUCAGUGAACACUUUCUGCUGCAAUGACGGGUAUUGCAAUAACAUUAUCGCCUGACUAUGGGUGGGUUGUGAUGGUCGUUGUUUCCACGUUCUUCAUGCUAAUGUGGCUAGGUAUCAGGGUUGGAAAAGCACGCAAACAAUAUGAUGUUAAGUAUCCGAAAAUGUAUGCUGAACCCUUCAACCAUACAUUUAACUGCAUUCAGAGGGCUCAUCAGAAUACACUGGAAGGCUACCCUUCAUUUCUUGUACUACUGUUAUUAGGUGGCCUUCUUUACCCACGUUUGAGUGCAGUAGCAGGUGCCGUGUGGGUGGCCGGCAGGGUCGCAUAUGCCCUUGGAUACUCAACUGGAGACCCGGGUAAGCGACAGUACGGUGCUUUCGGGUAUUUUGGGCUGUUCACCUUGCUUGGAAUCAACAUUAUGUUUGGGCUCAAACUGCUGGGGUACAUGAGUUGGUGAAAUCUGACUGCAGGGGGCACAACUCUGUAAGGAGUGUCGGAGAUUUAUACAAGGGAGACAACCAGUAUUUGUGAAAUGUGACUAUAUACAUGUUUGUAAGAAAUGUUCAGGCAGCAUUAAGAGUCAUGCAGUGGUAGAAUUUUAUAAGGAUAAUGUUGAUUGACUAUCAUGAUAUUUACACUAUAUGUAAUGAUAGUUGACUAUCGUGAUAUUUACACAAAUGCGUUGUUUUAUAUUUUGGGACAUUUUUGUAUCAGGAAUUAUGCAACAAUAGACAUUGUGAACAAGACUUGACCUGAACAUACCUUUAAUGUAUCUUAUUUUUGUUUUUUGUUGGUUUUUACCUAUAAUAAGUUAUAAACAUGCUCUAACAUAGGGUUAGGGUUACAUAUAUCUGUCUGGAAUCUUGGGACAAAGUGUUCCUAGAAUAAUGCUUACAUCUGUGGACAUCAAAUAAUUGGAUACUUUUAAUGUUUAAGAUUUCAAUAUGAUACAACUAUGAGUGAGAGUAUUGUCAAUAAAAACUGUAAAAUAUACUCAGGAACAUAUAUUAGUGUUAACUACCCUGGCCAUGAGAUUGUCAACAUGUUUGUAUUCCUUCAAUAUGAGUAGUUGGUUAGAGCUGUUGGUUUUUCUCUCCGUCAUUCAAGUGUUGAAUAUGAACACCAUGACAACAGGAGGUGUUUUACUAGAUUUAAUACAUGUAUACCCAUAUUCAAAACUAAAUGUAUAAUGUUUUACAUAUUAUAAUAAAAUUUGUAACUUUU